AUGGAAAUGUUUCAAGUCAAAUACUUAUCUAUUGAGACCAUCGACGACCUCUCCCACGCCUUGGAGAUAUCCACCCUGACGAACUGGAAGGAACUAAUGGGAAGUAACACAUUUGCUUCCACUUAUUCAGCUCAUGAUAUCAACAAGAUACAAAUGACUGGUAGCCGCCCAGCAAAGGCCUUGAUAAAAGAUCUCAUCUCUCGAGAAAUUCCACUACAAGACUUGCUUAGCGGUCUGAAAGAAAUUGGUAACAGAAAGGCAAUUUCAAUAAUCGAGAGAGGUAGGUAGUUGUUUUCGUACGGCCGGCGUCGAAACAAUAUGGGUUUUGAUAGAAUCUGUUUGUUCAGUUAACGUAUUAGAUCUCAUGAUUAACCCUUAAAGAAUUUUGCAAAAUAAAAAUUACACAGGUCUAUCAAGCGAGAGCUGAGCUUUCAGAAAAUUGAUAUCUGAGGAGCCAAUUUCCGAUUUAUAUCGCAGGCUCAAAAAUUCAAUAAUUCCAUAUUUUUGGCUUUACCUCGAUCGCUAGGAAUAAAAAAAAACAAUGGAACUGACUUAUACUUAGAUUGUUCAUCAGUUAACUAUCAAUUCCCGGCAGUUCCCGGAAAUUUUUUCCUCAGAUAUAGAGGUGGAAUUUUUUCUAUAAUGCCCUGUAACUUCCAUCCUCGGAGACCCAGGGGCAACUAGUCGGGACGAUAGAAUGUUCGUGGUGAAAAACUUUCACCAAGGACAUGCUAUCGUCCCGACUAGUUGCCCCUUGGUCUCCGAGGAUCAUAGUGUAACUUCAGGUCGCCGCUAAAAAUUCCAAAAUGUUCCCUUUAUUCCGAGAAUUUAAUGCAUUUUCCCUUAACAGUGUGUGAAUAAACCUAGCAAGUUUCAGCGCGGUAUUCUAAAUCCUCAUCUUUUUACAUCGAGUUGUUUUCAGUGCGGUCCAACGCAGCAGCAAAAAUCGCCCUUAAUUCGCCCUUAAUUUUCGUUGCGCUGUGCUGUUUUCUUCGUCGCCAUCUUGAAUUCUUACUAGUAAACCACCGUUCUUGAUGUUUGUUGUGAUAAUGACCCGAUUGUAGCACGGAGCGCGGCGAAAAAAUGAGAAAAUCUUUGUUUGAACUCGUUUCGUGACGUCCUCUCAAUAUGGCGUCGAAAUCAACUGUAAACCUUAGCAAAGCGGUAAUUUGUAUAAUAGGUCAUUUAACUGCGGCCUUACCUGUCGUCGACCUCGCAAGGAUCAUCUAUCUAAUGUGUCUCUAGAAGGCUUUUUUCAGCCAUAGAAAUGUUUAAGAAAGAUCAAAACAAACACACUUUAUUUGGGGAAGCAGACUGUAAGCGAAUUUUGCCACAAUUUGCCUUAGCUUACAUGAAACUCAUAACGCGUUAUCGCGUGUCGGUUUGCGAAAAUUGCAACAUUUCUGUCAACAACGGAAAGUAUCGCGUCGGAUUUCAGCUGUGUGAUUAUUAAUAUUUCCAAAAUAGCGCUCUUAGAUACCAACUUUGGCCUUCAUUUUCUCGGCUUCUAUUUAACGAAAAUGCUUCAUUUCUGGAAUUUGAGCCAGGUUAUGACUACAUCUCAAACAGGCGAUUUUACAAGCAUGAUCAAUUUUUGACUUUAUAGCAGUUCUAAUACCUUGAUAAAAGCCAUUGUGUUUUUUCGAAAUAAAUAGUGGCGUGGCAGCAAUUUAAGGGAAUUACACUGAGGUAAGGCAAAUAAUUUAAAACUGAAAUAAACUGGUGAGAGGUAGCGUGGUUUUGUAGAUAUAUAUAUAUAUAACCAGACGUAACUAAUCGAUGAUGAAUGACAUCAAUGAGUAAUCGAUGAGUAAUCUGAGUGGCAUCAACUGAUUUGUCAUUGAUUAUUCGCUAUAAUCAAUGGGUAAUCGAUGGCUGAUCGAUGGUCAAAAAUUUUGUGGCCUAUCGAUUACUCGGUGAUGUCAUCGAUGAGUAAUUGAUGCGUUCGAUCUCUCAUCGAUUAUUUAACGAUUAUCCAUCGAUUAGUCAUUGAUUUAGACCGCGAGAGUCACAGCCGGUUUACUUUUUCGCUCUCCUCUUGUGUCUCUGAGGAAAGAAGGACGACCGCUCACGGUCAUCAUACACAUCUCAUACAAUUUCUAGCAUCUUUUUUUCUCAACUUAGUUCCGGUGAUAAAAAUUUACGUUAAUGGUUCUUGACGAUAAUGGGACGAUAAUAGUAGCCAAACAGGAAUUGAACUUGCAUGUAGAAAACCAAUGUAAACACAGAACGGCAUAUCAAAUUUAUUUAUCGGACAGUAACAGGAAUAUUAUAGACAAAAUGUUCAGAGGUUCGAGUUAUCUGACUUACUGUGUCUUCGUUGAGAAACGCAGCCACCACAGAGUGCCUAGCGGGUAAAAGAUCAUGAAUAAGUAAAGCUUGUAUCGUGACAUUUAUGUCAAAGAAGUCUUUGUUUCUUUACUUUCGAUUUGGUUCGGUUUGCGUGCCCGCGGGAUUAUAUCGAUAAUUAAACAGUGACUGAUCGCCGACUGAAAAUUUUGUGGCCUAUCGAUUAUUCACCGAUUACUCGGCAUUGAAUAUCGGAUAUAAUCAAUGACUAAUCAACUGAUUACCCAUCGAUUACCUAUUGAUUACUCAUUGAUUUCAAUGAUGGCAUUGAAGUCGUCGAUUUUACGUCUGGAUAUAAUAAGGCAAUCAAUGGGUUGUUAAACAGUUUAAUUAAUGCAAAGGGUCAUGGGAAGGGUCAGCUAGGCUCGAUUACCAGCCGCUGUUCGGGAAAAUGAGCCCGCACUCAUCCCCCGAAAGUCUCUAUUAGCUUCGGGGAGGAUCAAAGACCGGACCCGGGAGACGGGGGAAAUCGAGCCUAAGGGUCAGCCAAACAAGUAAGUUUGAGCUUUUUCCGAUUUUUCCAAGGUACCAUUCCUAGGCCGGCGCAGCAGUGGGGGCGCUGGAUUCAAGAAGCGGGCGGGGGGGUGGUACGGGAGCUUUCCUAAGCCCGUUCAAAUGUAGCCGUUCACGCAGACGUUCUUUUGGCUCGUCACGCAAAUGGACAUAGCUAUUAUUAGUAUACUAGAAUGAACAGGUUUCGUCUAGCAAAAAAGCGAAUUCUUACUAUAGCCAAAAAGCUAAAUGCUGAAUCUUUCGGAUUUUCUCGUUCAUCUGCUCAGCUACUGAGGACUAAAUGUGAUCUUCCGUUUAAAAUAUCUACAACAUCAUGAAGAACCUUAUUUUUUACAAACCCGCGAGAUAAAAUUAAGGGCUGCAUGAUACAGGUAAGACUUGAUCAUUACGUAAACAUGGUCCUCCUUGAACGGGAAUAAUACAAGAAGAAAAAACAAAGAAAUCAAAGAAAGAACAUUUGCUCUUUUAUCGGCUCGUACUUUCUGCAACUUAACUCAAUAACUUAUUGCAGCUUUUUCCAAAGUCCAUAAAUUCCAUCAGUGCUGGGAUCAGUACAGACAGACCCGUUACAUUUCAUUUCACAGCGAGGUCUGUCAUUGCUCCUUCGAGCAGAGGCAACUUAUAGACCUUAUAGUUCGAACGCGAAUUCAUAUCGAGGAAAGAGAGCCUCAAGUUCUCAGGCCAAAGAAAAGUUGCUUCGUUAAUGCCGUUACAUGGACUUUUUUGCGCUCUUGUCCAGCUUUAAGCGGCGAUUUUAGGCCCAAUUUUAUGGCAUUUCUUUUGUGUACUUGCAGCGAUUUGGAAUUAAUUGUUAGUCUCUGUUUAACCCGCAUUAUUGGAUCCGGGCUUGUACUAUCCGGUCUAUCCGGAAUAAAACGAAAGAGAAUGACAUCUUCUCUUGGAUGAAAAAGGUCACGUGAAAAACUCGAGUGAAGAACAAUGAGCUCGAACAGCAGAUUAUUCUCGGCCGGGAUGCCCGGGGGGUACUCCCUUAUAUAAGCCAUAUAAGUAUGUGCCGCCCCCAUGGAUAGGGUUUGGGGGCCGUUUUGGUCUGGACUUUGCCCAUUUUGGUCUGGAAUCGGGUACGGGUUUCGAGGGAACUACGGGAGUGUAUGAAUGUAUUUAUCGUCUCAGUUCCAAAUGAGUAAGUCAUAAAGAGAAAUAUGCGAAUUCGAAAUGUAUUUUUAGAAAUCUUUUUUCUUGCUGUUCUAAUAUAAGUAAUAAUGACAUUAUUUUUAAGAGGCCAGGUCUGAAAACGGGUGUGAAAAAUGACAUUUUGGGUCUGAAACGGGGUCAGGAUUUUGAGAACUCGGCUUCUCACCCCUACCAAGACUUCCCAGAAGUACCCCUCCCCCCCCGGGCCAGGAUGCAAGUCCGGCUGUGCUGCAGGCUAGGUUACUCCAGACAUGGCAAGAACUUUAACCAAUACCGGGGCGUAGCCACCUGUGCGUACCUGAAUACUGAAGACAGUCCAAGAAGAAAAAAAAAACAUAGUAAACACAACAAAAUUAGAGAUUAUGAUUAAGAACAUUAAUAAAAGAAGAUAAUCAUUUUAAGAGGCACAGUCCCCUUCGAUUCAUUUAGUUUCUCCGUAGUUCGGAAAAAAUCCUGGCUACGCCCCUGCAAUAAUUGUUUCACAUAUGUGGGUUAUUCAUGGUUAUUAUACACUUAUUUGACAUUUCUAGACAAAUUGAGUAAAGGAUUCAACAUGCAGUACUUUGGGGGACGACCUCCUUCACUCGGUGUUACCCGCCAACCAGAAGAG